AUGGAGAGCCGCAAACAUGGCCUUGAAGGCGACAUUUUGGUCCCCGAAUUAAAGAAACGAGUGAUUGACAUGACCUGCGAACCUCCAGAAACCAAGGAGAAAUAUAAACCCUGUGUAAUUGAAAUGGGUGCCCUUCCAAGGUCAUCGGAUCUUUUAGCUUCGCGCUUCCUGAUCAACGACAGUAAGAUUGCCGGGAAGUGUGGAGACACAUUAGUCUUCAAACAAAUAUCUGACGUAGUCGACUACAUGAAUUAUGCUAUUGGCAUUCGAAAGAAGGGAACUACUGAUUUGACGAUAUUGCCGGUGGAGCACUACACUUUAAAACAACAAAUUAAAUCGGACGAACCGGAAGAAUUUGCGGACCAAGGGUCUUUCGCCGCUAAGAAAUUGGAAUUGAAUAUCAACUUUGGGACAUCACGUCCUCGCAUCAAUACGAUGUUAAGGAAUAUGAUGAACAAGGCUGUUGGUACACAUGAUAUAGUCAGAGAGGAUGUCACCUUACCAGAAUCCGGUCGACUUGUAUUAAACCCUAUCGACUACCCAGACCUUCCUUUCUUCAAUCCAUCAACUACAGUAGUAGAAGAGGUAUAUCCCAUCGAUCAUAUAUUCUCUGCUGAUGAAUUGGAAUACUUCAAUGCUUACUCGAAGGAGGCGAGAAAUAAGUUGAAAGGAAGUGAUAUGGUCGUUGCUUCAGAAACCCUUGAGAAGAUCAAGAAGACUAAAUUUGGGAAUUACUAUGGACCUUUACUCACUUCAAUGGAUAAGAAAAGACUCCCAAAAGUACUCGGCUUGUUGGAAGCUUAUAGAAUACUUUAUUUACUCGCAACACGCGCUAAAACACUUAGGUUCAAUAAGAACUACGUAAAUUUGGCAAGUGCAGAGGAUCUCAGCCAAGACAUUCUCGUCUCUUUGGCAGACAAAUAUUACGAGAAGGUCCUCGACGAGAAGACUGACCAAGUAACUUACGACCUCACUAAUCUCCUCAAGACUAAAUUGGUCAACACUGCUAUCGUCCUCGCUUUAAACGUCACAGGAUUCACUCUCUCGUCUGAAAUGGCAAAACUUAUCGCAGUCGAUUUCCAAGUCUCAAACAUGGCCAUAAUCUCUCACUUGUCACGUGUCGGCUGUAAAGGUUCUUUCAUAACCCAAGAUGGAAAGAAAGAUAACACUUUCGUUCUUAAUGCCCCAUUGAACAUCCCAUCCCUCACUAAGAAAAACAAGAAGAAAUAA